AAUAAGUCUCUCUUGUGUGAUCUUGGUGUUUACCAGCGGGUCAAACAGAGCGCACAUGUGGCCGCUGGCUCCGCCUCGGCCAUGUGACAGAGUGCGGGCUGACUCAGCCGGCUCGUCACGCAGCGUCAUUCUGGAGUCGCACAAUUAUGAAAAAGCAACCUUCCGCUGGAGCUGCAGCCGAAGCGGAUCUCUCCAGCGUCCACUGGGCUUUCCUCCCAAGGCUAACCGAGAGCAGCAGCGAUAGAUGGUUAAAAGCCACCACACAGCUCUUCCUGAGUCUCAACGGUGAAGAGAAUGUCCCAGAAACCCUGGAUAGAAAGCACUUUCACCAAGAGGGAAUGUGUGUACGUACUUCCAGUGUCAAAGGACCCCCACAGAUGCCUUCCAGGAUGCCAGAUUUGCCAGCAGCUGGUCCGGUGCUGCUGUGGGCGGCUGGUGCGGCAGCACGUUGGCUUCACAGCCAGCUUGGCCACCAAGUACUCGGACGUGAAGCUGGGUGAAAACCCCAGCCUCUCCAUGCCGGAGCUGGAGGAGUGGUCAGUGGAAAAACACACAGAGGCAAGCCCCACUGACGCCUAUGGUGUCAUCAACUUCCAGGGAGGGUCUCACUCGUACAGAGCCAAGUAUGUGCGUUUGUCCCACGACUCGCGGCCGGAGAGCAUCCUGCGCCUGAUGCUGAAGGAGUGGCAUAUGGAGCUACCCAAGAUCCUCAUCUCUGUCCAUGGAGGAAUUCAGAACUUUGAGCUGCACCCGCGCAUCAAGCAGGUGGUGGGAAAGGGCCUCAUCAAAGCUGCAGUCACCACUGGGGCCUGGAUUCUCACUGGAGGGGUCAACACAGGUGUGGCAAAGCAUGUGGGUGAUGCUCUCAAAGAGCACUGUUCCAGAUCAUCAAAGAAAAUUUGCACUAUCGGGAUCGCGCCCUGGGGAGUGAUUGAAAACAGGAAUGAUCUCAUGGGCAGAGAUAUCAUCGCUCCGUAUCAGACGCUACUGAAUCCUCUCAGCAAACUAAAUGUUCUCAACAAUCUUCAUUCCCAUUUCCUCCUGGUGGACGAUGGGACAGUGGGCAAGUAUGGCCCUGAAGUCAAACUGCGACGAGACCUAGAGAAGCACAUCAACCUCCAAAGAAUACAUGCACAUUGUGUUGCUGGCAUUCACAGGGCCUCCUCAUUCCAGCACUGUCCGUCUCUGAGCUGGAUGUCUCUCAGUCGUAUCCCUCCUUCGCUCUCUCCGUCUGUUAAAGAAGUUAGACAUUCACCUGAGCAACUCUACCUUUGUUUCUGUUCUGCUGUAGAGGGCACCAAUGCAUCUGCCUUCGAUCAGCUGGUCCUGACUCUGGCCUGGGAUCGUGUAGACAUUGCCAAGAAUCAUGUGUUUGUGUAUGGACAGCAGCUCCUGGUGAGCUCUCUGGAGCAAGCCAUGCUGGAUGCACUAGUGAUGGACAGGGUGGAUUUUGUCAAGUUGCUCAUAGAAAACGGUGUCAGCAUGCACCGUUUUCUGACAAUCAAUCGGCUGGAAGAGCUCUACAACACGAAACAGCCUCCCAACAAUCCAACUCUCCUCCAUCUGGUUAGAGAUGUUAAACAGAGUCAUUUGCCUCCAAAUUAUAAAAUCACUUUGAUUGACGUGGGUCUGGUUAUUGAGUUCCUCAUGGGCGGAACUUACAGGUGCAACUACACCAGGAAACGCUUCCGAAUCAUUUACAACAAUCUCCAUAGCAACAGUAGGAGAUCAGGGCGCCACACAGCAGGUCCUGGCUCUCAUUUGAGGAAAAGCCACGAGUCUUUCAGCAUGCAGGCUGACAAGAAGGAGAAGACGAGGCACAACCACUUCAUCAAAACCGCACAGCCAUACAAACCCAAGCUCGAGUCUUCCACAGAGCAGAACAAAAAGAGGAGCAAAGAAGAGAUUGUGGACAUAGACGACCCAGAGACUCGGCGGUUCCCUUACCCUUUCAAUGAGCUCCUGGUGUGGGCUGUACUGAUGAAGAGGCAGAAAAUGUCGCUGUUCUUCUGGCAGCAUGGCGAGGAAAACAUGGCAAAGGCACUGGUGGCCUGUAAACUCUGCCGGUCGAUGGGAUACGAGGCCAAGAAGAGUGACGUGGUGGACGACACGUCAGAGGAGCUCAAGGAGUAUUCAAAUGAGUUUGGGACGCUAGCCGUGGACCUGCUGGAGCAGUCAUUCAGACAGGACGAGACCAUGGCCAUGAAGCUGCUCACCUACGAGCUGAAGAAUUGGAGCAACUCUACCUGUUUGAAGUUGGCUGUCUCCUCCCAUUUAAGGCCCUUUGUGGCUCACACCUGCACCCAGAUGCUGCUGUCUGACAUGUGGAUGGGAAGGCUGAACAUGCGCAAGAACUCCUGGUACAAGGUGAUUCUGAGUAUCUUGGUGCCUCCUGCCAUCCUUCUGUUGGAGUACAAAUCCAAGGCUGAGAUGGCGCACAUCCCUCAGAGUCAGGAUGACCACCAGAUGACCAUGGAGGACAGCGAACACAACUUUCAGAACAUACCUGAAGACAUCCAAAUGGAUGUGUUCAAGGAGGCAAGAUCCCACGACCAUGUGGAGGCCAAAAACGACAUGGAGACGCACAUUCGUUCCAGGAAGCUGCCGUUAACCAGGAAGAUUUAUGCCUUCUACCACGCUCCCAUUGUCAAGUUCUGGUCCAACACGCUCUUCUACCUGGGCUUCUUGAUGUUCUAUUCGUAUGUGGUCCUCGUGAAAAUGCCCAAGUUUCCUUCAUCUCAAGAGUGGGUGGUCAUCCUCUACAUCUUCACCUCUGCCAUUGAGAAAAUACGAGAGAUGUUCAUGUCUGAAGCAGGCAAAAUCAGCCAGAAGAUAAAGGUGUGGUUCGGUGACUAUUUCAAUGUGUCCGAUUUUCUGGCCAUUGUGAUCUUCUUUAUCGGCUUUGGCCUGAGGUUGGGCGGAGGUGCAGCCUUCAUCCCUGGCAGGACAGUUUACUGUCUCAAUAUCAUCUUCUGGUAUGUGCGACUCCUGGAUAUCCUGGCUGUCAACCAACAAGCUGGCCCUUACGUCAUGAUGAUUGCUAAAAUGGUGGCCAACAUGUUUUAUAUUGUGGUAAUAAUGGCGAUAGUCCUACUGAGUUAUGGCGUACCCAGGAAAGCUAUUCUGUACCCAGAGGAGGAGGCCAGUUGGACACUGGCCAAAGAUGUGGUUUUCCAGCCGUACUGGAUGAUGUACGGGGAAGUGUAUGCCUAUGAAAUCAAUGGUAAGGACGAUGAGGAUGGUACGGGAGACUAUGAUGUGUGUGCCAACAACAGUGACGAAUCAGUGAAGUCCCUGUGUAAGGAAGGAGUGUGGCUGACUCCUCUCCUACAAGCAGUCUACCUCUUUGUACAGUAUAUCCUGAUGGUCAACCUCCUCAUUGCCUUCUUUAACAAUGUGUAUAUACAAGUGAAGUCCAUUUCUAAUCUGGUUUGGAAGUACCAGCGCUACCACUUCAUUAUGGCCUACCACGAGAAGCCUGUCCUCCCACCGCCCUUCAUCCUCCUCUGCCAUAUCUACUCCCUCUUCUGUAUGUGUCGAAAGAGGAAGAAGGAGAAUACCUACGGACCAAAGCUGUUUCUAACUGAAGAAGAUCAAAAGAAGCUUCAUGAUUUUGAGGAGCAGUGUGUGGAGACAUACUUUCAUGAAAAAGAUGAUCAGUUUCACUCGGGGAGUGAGGAGAGAAUACGUCUUACCUCAGAAAGAGUUGAGACCAUGUGUUUGCAACUGAGGGAGGUCGGGAACAAGGUCAACUUUAUAAAACGCUCUUUGCACACUCUGGACUCUCAAAUCGGCCACCUGCAGGACCUCUCAGCUUUAACUGUGGACACUCUGAAGACCCUCACUGCUCAGAGGGCAUCGGAGGCCAGCAAGGUCCACAAUCAGAUCACCCGGGAACUCAGCCUGUCUAAAAAUGUGGGCCCCAGCAUUGCCCCUGUGGCAACAGACACAGGCCCCCACUCUAAAUCGUCCGUGAUAGGCAAACGCAGUGCAGGGCCCUACUUCGGCUCCUCUUUCCCCCAAGCAAGAGUCGAUAUAGCAGAUUCUCUGUUUGGGAUUGGUGUAGGGGGAGGGGCUGUAACGGAAGGUGUCAGGAGAGUCGGGCCCACCCCUGGACCAGGACAGGGGCUGGACCCCAACCUCGACCCAGCAAGUCCAGAGAGGAGGGUCUUGUUUGGGCUCGGCCACCUUGCUGCAGAGGCUGGCUGCUCAGGCAGUGCCAGCUCCAGUGCCUUUGUCCGAAGUGCUGUGGCCUUUUCCCCUCCGGAGCUGCGUCUCCGAGGCCAUUCUCUCACCCAGAGUAAGCUGACCCGUCCACAAGAGCCGGGCUUUUCCGACUCCCCAUCCAGCCUACCCAACGUACCCUCCCCUGGAGCUCAGUUCCAUAUCAGCAGCACCCCUUCCCAGCCCAGUGGCUCCAGCCACCCGGAGCUCGCUCUCGCUGGGCUUUACCAGCAACCUCUCGAGCCAGACAGCACCACUGUAGAGUUUGGUGCAUUUGUUGGACAUAAAGAUAAUCUGGCCCUCCAGCACUCAACACCCAAAGAAGCCUCCAGCAGACAGCAAAGCCCGGCCACAAAGACCAGAUCACAGGCUCAUCCUGAAGGUCAUGGUCACAUCAGAGCUGUCAACUCUUAUGCUGGUUUCACAGAGUUUGACAGAAAACCAGCUUUUCUCCAUCCUGACUCCAAUCUGACGAAGAGGGACAGAAGCAGAGUGUCGGCUGAAGACAUCCUCAUCCAUGAGGACCCCAGGGCUGCAGUAUUGGAAAAAGUUCAGGUCAAAUCAGCCCAAGCCAGCAGCCUACGGGCCCCGGGCGAGGAUACUCUAAAUGCUGCAGUUCCUCUCUACAUGCCACAACACACCCACCUGGGAUCCAGGAAGGACUCUAUUGGCUCACCUUUCAAGCCCAUGGAAAGCUACCAGUACUCAGCUGUUGAACGCAACAACUUGAUGAGGCUAUCGCAGAGCAUCCCUUUCACUCCUGUGCCCCCUAGAGGGGAGCCGGUGACCGUGUACCGACUGGAUGAGAGCUCUCCCAACACCAUCAACAACAGCAUGUCUUCCUGGGCCCAGCGGGGCCUCUGUGCCAAAAUAGAGUUCCUCAGCAAGGAGGAGAUGGGUGGUGGACUCCGACGAGCCCUCAAGGUGCUCUGCACUUGGUCAGAAUACGACAUCCUGAAACCAGGACACCUGUAUAUAGUCAAGUCCUUCCUCCCUGAGGUGGUCCAGACCUGGCAGAGUAUCUACAAAGAGGACACUGUGCUGCACCUUUGUCUCAGGGAAAUUCAACAACAACGAGCUGCUCAGAAGCUGACGUUUGCCUUCAACCAAGUCAGGCCGAAGACGAUUCCUUAUUCACCGAGGUUUCUGGAGGUGUUUCUGCUCUACUGUCACUCUGCUGGACAAUGGUUUGCUAUAGAAGAGUGCAUCACCGGAGAGUUCAGGAAGUUCAACAACAACAACGGGGAUGAGAUUGUCCCCACCAACCUCCUGGAGGAGACCAUGCUGGCCUUUAGCCACUGGACCUACGAGUACACCCGUGGAGAGCUGCUGGUGCUCGACCUGCAGGGUGUUGGGGAGAUUCUGACAGAUCCUUCGGUCAUAAAGAGCGGUGAGAAGGGAUCAUAUGAUAUGAUAUUUGGACCGGCCAACCUGGGGGAUGAUGCCAUUAGGAACUUCCGUGCAAAACACCACUGCAACUCCUGCUGUCGCAAACUCAAACUUCCUGAUCUGAAGAGGAACGAGUACACACCAGACAAGGUGACGUUCCCACAAGAAGACCCUCCCAACCCGGGGGCCGGCAUCAAGGAGUCCCGCCAAUCAAUGAGGUUGAUGCUGUGAUGAGUUCAAAGUGAGAGAGAGAGGAUGAACGAUCACGCGGCCGCACUGUUCCGAUUUUGAUAUGAGUCGAAGCCAAGGAGCAGAAAUGAGCAUCCUAUCAACUGGAAGAACCACACCUGGGUUUUCAUGAAAUCCAGUGCAUGCAGACUGUGUCAUGUUUUUGUUAUUCCCACCGAAAUGCUGUGUCACACAAUUCAAGCAUUGAAACCUUUGUUUUGUAGCACAUACACACAGGGGAACAUUGUGUACACAUUUACACAUAUAAAUAUAUAUAUAAUAUAAAAACUGGAUAUAUCGACAGGUACAAUAUCAUUGCAGAAGAUUUAAUAUUUAUUAUGUUUGAGAAGUUGCUGUGUUUUAAAGAAAAGGAGGAAAAAAAAAGAACAAAUCAAGUGCAUUGUGCUUCUGUUACAGCAGCUUCAGAGGACGGCCUGCUGACUCUCAGUCACUGCAACACUGCAGUUAGUUUGCCAUCAGAUCAUUUUUAUAAAUGUGUAAACACUUGUAUCACAGAUUUUUGUCUCUUACUUAAUGAAAAUAUACAUGAAUUUGAAAAUCUUGUAAAAUAUGGGCAGAUUGCAAUGCAACUUUUACAGAACAUUGUAUGUAAUUUUAUUGUUUUGAAAGUGUGUCCACCAAAAUAUUACUGAUAGUUUUUAUUGUUACAAAGGUACUAUUGCUAUAUCUUUGUCAUCAACUAUUGUAUGAGCAAACUAGUGUAUCUUAUAGAUACUGUUAUCUGGCAUGAGCUGAACAGAUUCAAAUAUUUUAUUCAGGGGAACUGAUAAACAUAAGGGUAUUACUGUAUACAUUUUGUACUGGAUAUCAUUUUAAACAAAUAAAAUGUAAUAAAAAAA